UUUCACACAUCUCGGAGAAUUUUCCAAGUGAAGGGUACGGCACCUCAUUUCUGAGAUCCGAAUGCUCUGCAGCAUAUGCAUUCUUGCUAAACUAUCUGUUUGCUUUCUCUCAAACAUUUUCUCAUAGUUCCUUCAGUCACGCCACUGUACUGGUUCCCAGAUCUAGGUAAUAAUCAACCAGAUUGAGUCUGAAUACACCAAGACAUAAGCUGACAUCUCCAUUCGAGUCUGGACUCCCCAUCUCAGAUCUUUUUUAUUUGUUUACUCAAGUAGCUCAUCUUGAUUGUCUGUGCAGUAUCACGAUCACCUCUAGUCUCGGUCUUGUCUUAGAUCCGGCAAUAGAGUUACUGGACUGGUAGUUCUGCGCCGUUGGCCUUGAUGCUUUGAUGACAGAUUUUUGGCCACCGGACCUCUCCAUUUGGGCGUUCUCAUUGCUUGGCUAGACUUCACAGGUACCUUUUCUUGUUCCGAGAGAGAGAGUUGUAUUUGUUUGUUGUUUUGGUUUUUCUCGAAAAAGCUUUUAGUGGAAGAACAGGCUUCUAGAUUCAUUUGUCACUUCAUCUCAUUCUUGUCCUCCUUUUUCUUUCUUACCCAAAAUUUUCAAAAGCGGAUGUUGGUAAUUUCUUAUACGGAGUUUGAUUGACUUCGAUAUCUCUAAUUAGCAAUCAAUCAAUAAAUUACUCUCUGCGCCACCCUGCUGCUAUCAUUGAUGGACUACUCCAGCAAGAGUCUUGAGUAGUCAGAUGACAAGCCUGUAGUGUCCAUAUUUAGGGAUAGCUGAUGAGAUCCAGACCCGGAUAUUCUACCAUCUAGUCCAAACUCAAAUUCUAGCGUUGCUGAAGGAACCACGAGAAUUAUGGGUUGCGGCUGUAGCUUCGAACUGCCUCAAGCGGUGGUAGCUACCUCCGACGCACAACGGACCGAGUUAGUACAUGAACUACAUUUUAGCGCGCUAUUGAUUGUUAGGAUCUCUUUGAUAAACAUCUCGGAUUUCCCCUCGACUUAAUCUUUUCUUUUCUUUCGGUUUCGAGACCUGUCGUUCCUUCUCUUCGCGUAGCUUAUCUGGUACCAGCACUUCCAGAUUAGCUGAAAACUUAGUCGAGCUUCUGUUCCUGUAAUCUCAUCCUCCAAAAUGUUUACAUCAAACAAAGAGCAGAAUAAGGGUCCCGUCUUCGGUUCGUCCUCUCAACUCUGUCUCUAAAAGCCCUCUUCUAAUUUCAUUUUCCAGCUGGUGUUGUCAGUGUUUUCAUGGCACUUGCGAUUAUCUUUACCUUCCUUAGAUUAUACGUCAAGACUUUCUUGACAAAGGGCUGGGGCAAAGAUGAUGUUCUUCUCAUAGUCUCUCUUGUAAGUUCCCUUCAGAACUUCGCAGGGUUUCAUGGGAAGAAUGGCAAAACUAAUGAGCACCAAUAGGCAUUUUAUAUAGUACUAUGCGCAAGUUGUUUUAUCUCUAUAACAUACGGGAACGGCCGGCACACCCUCGACAUUCCCCUCACCAAUAUCCCCAUCGCCCUACGUCUCUGGUGGCUUGGUGAAGUAUUCUACACCAUCACCACCCUUUUGGUUCGUCUAACGGUAGCUGUGUUCCUCCUUCGUCUAUCGAACAGGGCUCUACAUCGAUGGAUCAUCUAUAUCACCACCGGAGCCUACACCAUAUUCAGUAUUUUCUUCUUUUUCCUGGUGAUCUUCCAGUGUAAACCUAUUUCAUAUUUCUGGGGCCAAUAUGCGGGAAUGAAGGGACAUUGUACAGGAAGUAAAAUGAUACCUAGUGCGAGUAUUGCGCAGAGUGUUGUGGCUUUCGUGGCCGAUUGGAUAAUGGGUCUCUUGCCUAUUCAUGUUCUGUAUGGAUUGCAGAUGAAUAAGCGAAUGAAAGUUUCGAUUGCUAGCUUGCUUUCUUUGGGAUUAUUGUAAGUUUUCAUCUUCCCUUUCACCUGUUUACACUUCUUCUGCUUGAAGAAAUGGUGGCUCUCAACCCGGCCAAGAUAUAUCUUGAUUUGAGGAACUUGAUGCUGAUGAGGGAACAGAGCUGGAAUUACUGCCAUAGUUAGAAUUCCCAUGAUUAAAGAUCUGGCUAUUACGGAUGACUGGCUUUACAAGAAUGCGUACGUUCUCUCCUUGUCCUCUUCGAACUCAUAACUUGCUAACAUCCUCAUAGAGACGUUGGUAUGCUUCAUCUAGCCUUCACAUGUUCCUUUUGCUCUUCCAUCUUCCUUCCUGUAGCGAUAAGACUAACUUAAAUAGCGAUCUGCUCUGUAAUCGAGCCAGGACUCGGAAUAAUAGCCAUUGCAGGCGCCACCUUCCGUCCCCUCUUCCGAGCCUUCUUCUCCAAUAGCCACGAUUCUCUCUUGGCCACCCCACGAAGCAGUGUUCUCGUCCGCUCGCGCUGGUUCAAUUACAUCCGAGCAUCGUCACGAAACUCGACCACGUCCUCAAAUUCAUCGCCCUAUCGAGGAGGCAAAAGAUACGACACCAAAGUUGAGAUUCGAAAUAUGCCACCCUCAAUCCCCAUGCCCGAUCCCCUAUUAUCGAACCCCCAUUUCAGAUUCUCAAAUGCAGGACUAGAAGAUUGGGAGGACGGAGACGAAAAGGGGAGGAGGGGGAGUGUCUUCAAAGAGCAACGCGCAAGCUUCACUCCGACAUCUUUUAAAAGUGAUCCCUUCCUUACAUCCUCCUCCCCGGCCUCCACAUCAACAAAGGUCGGGUCACUAUCCGCCCGCUCCCCCCCUGCCUCAUCACACUUACCCGCUUCUACCCAAGACUCCCCAUCACCAAACCCCUCCACCCCCAUUCACAAAAGAAACCGCUCCAACUUCAACANCCCCCCCUGCCUCAUCACACUUACCCGCUUCUACCCAAGACUCCCCAUCACCAAACCCCUCCACCCCCAUUCACAAAAGAAACCGCUCCAACUUCAACAUCCACAUCCACCAAACCUUCAAAAUCACCUCGACACCCUCAACCUCGGACCUGACACCCUCACCCCCGGAACGCAACUUCUCCUCUAGCAACGGCCAAUCGUCGUGCCAGAUCUCCUGCGGGCCGGCGAGGAACUUCUCGCUCCCUACGACGCCGACUCCGCUGCCGACUCCGAGUCUGAGGGAAGGUGGGAGGAACAGUCGCCAGAUUGA